AUGAGCGUCGCCGGCUUCAAGCUGACGAUCUGGAUCCCCGUGGAGCAGGUGGGCAUCGUCAUCGGGCGGAGCGGCGCGACGAUCUCGCGCAUCCAGUCGAGUAGCAGCUCGCGGCUGAACGUGGUGCCGGACCCCGAGGCGUCCCCCUGGGCGCCGGUCUACAUCAAGGGCGCGCCGGACGGCGUCUUCAUGGCCGCGAAGCUCGUGAGCGAUCUCGUCGAGGAGCUCGACGACGCGGUCGCGGAGUUCCACCUGUCGGCCAAGGGCCGGGACAAGCUCCGCGCGGGCGGGCCCGACGACGGGUUGGGGAACCUGAGCCCGGAGGCGCGGCGCAUCUCCGCCGAGCUCGGCGUGCGCAUGCGCGUGCCGCCCGCCGCGGGCAAGGGACGCGGCGACGAGCACCGGCCGUCCAAGGACGGCGAGGCCGAGCCCGUGACGCUCGAGGGCGCGCUCGACCGGGUGAAGCGCGCGCUCCAGUGCGUCAUCGCGGCCGCCGGCGGCAAGAAGCUGCCGCCCGCGCCGGGCGCGCCCGCGCCGCCGCCGCCGCCGCCGGAGCAGCCCCGCGAGCCGCCCGCGCCGCCGCCGCCCGCCGUGGAGCGCCUCGUGCAGGUGCCCGCGCGGAAGCUGCGCCUCGUCGCGCGGCGCGGCCAGCAGCAGCCCGUCUACCGCAUGAUCGCGCGCUACUCGGGCGCGCAGAUCGUCAAGUGCCCGCGGCAGGCGCCCGCGCCGGCCGACGCCGCGCCCGCGCCGGCCCCCGCGGCCUCGACGGCCGACGCCAGCCAGCGCAGGGUCGCCGCCAUCGGCGCCUCGACGGUCACGGACACGAGCGCGCCGUGCCCGUCGACGUAG